AACUCGAAAGGUGGAAGUUUCCACUAUGUCGUUCCGCUCCGGUGUUCGCGACACGGUCUCACAGAUUUUUCUAUCAAACACAUUUCUCUUUUCCUUGCUCAACGAACAGGUUGUUUCACAGCAGGGCUACCAUCGCUCUUUAGCAGAGAGGACAAGUACAUGCUUGGAGAUACAUACAUCAACGGAGCCAUGGCGGUUGACGAGAAAGAAACCUGCUUGUCCGAGCUUGCCGGCAAUGGGAGGGUAUAUACUUCAAUCACACACGAGGAAGCCAAUGUGAGGAAACCACAAUGGUCCAACAAGUUUCAGGGCAUCAUUGCUGUUCUUGGAUUCUCAGUAGGACUGGGUAACCUGUGGAGGUUCCCCUACGUCUGUCAAAAGAAUGGAGGUGGGGCGUUCCUGAUACCGUACUUCAUCUCUACAACUGUGUUAGCAAUCCCCCUCUUCAUCCUGGAAGUUGCUCUCGGUCAGUUUUCUGGUAAAGGACCUAUAAAGGUUUGGGCGAUAUGUCCUCUCAUGAAAGGUGUUGGGUUUUGCAUACUGUGUAUCAGUUGCAUUAUCGUGCCGUACUACAGCAUGGUGUUUGCCUGGGCCCUCUACUACAUCUACAGCUCCUUCUCCGCCGUCCUGCCCUGGACGACCUGUGGCAACUCGUGGAACACACCACGAUGUAUUGCUGUAGGAGACGCAAGACCAAAUAGUUCGGUAUCCACUAACACAACUAUACAGGAUAUGAACAGCACACUUUAUCCAAAUGAAAACAUUGGAUAUGUACACAUCAACCGAACAAAAGCAAUUACAAAUAGUUUUGGGCAAACAUCUACAGAGGAAUUUUGGCAGUACAAGGCUCUAGGUGUUUCGUCAGGGAUAGACGACCUCGGCGCCAUGCAACCUCAUCUCGUCAUCUGCUGGUUAAUCACAUGUGUCGCCGUAUUCCUUUGUAUCAUGAAAGGAAUCAAAUCUUUGGGAAAGGUGGUGUAUGUCACAGCGUUGAUGCCAUACGUCCUCCUCUUGGUGCUACUGGUGAGGUCGUGCACGAUGCCAGGUGCUGUGGAUGGAAUUCUCUUCUACCUGACUCCAGACUUCAGCCGCCUUGAGCAUCCCCAGGUGUGGUUAGAAGCUCUUGUUCAAGUGUUCUUCUCCGUUGGCACGGCAUGGGGAACCCUCAUUGUCAUGGCAAGCCACAAUUCUUUUCAUUCCAAUCUUAUAAGGGACUCCAUCAUCGUAACUGUGAUCGGCGAGUUGACCAGUGUCUUUGCUGGCUUCGUGGUUUUCGCGACGGUUGGCUUCCUGGCUCAUGAGUUACAACAACCUGUGGCUGACGUCGUGACUUCAGGUCCAGGCAUAGGUUUCAUCGUCUACCCAGAAGCUGUUGCGCUACUUCCGCUUCCUCAGCUGUGGUCUGUCUUCUUCUUUUUAACGAUGCUGAUGAUGGUCGUCGACUCCAUGUUUGGAUAUGUGGAGACAGCACUGGGCUGCAUGGACGAUCUUCUGCCUCAGAGGUUUCACACCCGGCACUAUCAGCCCAUCAUGGCCGCUGUGUUCAUGGCAGCUGUCUUCACUGCUGGUCUUGUUUUCACCACACAUGGCGGAGUGUACGUGUUCCAGUUGGUGGACUGGUACAUGGGUGCAGUUGCCUGUUUCGUCAUUGCCAUACUGGAGUGUGUGGCUGUUGGCUGGUUCUACGGCGCUGGGCGAUUCUCUGCUGAUGUUGAGAGUAUGGUUGGAAAACGCCUCCCUAUAAUCUACAAAUUUGUGUGCUUCGUCGUCCUUCCCAUUCUCUUACUUGUCGCAUUGGUUUUCACUCUGGCUUCCUACAAGCCACCUACAUACGGCGAGUACAACUACCCUGGAUCUGCCGUCGUAUUUGGCUGGUUUAUUGCCCUCGUGUCCGUCGUUCCUAUCCCAGUUACCAUGGUGAUACAAAUACUCAAGAUGGAAGGAUCCCCGGCCCAGCGCGUGAAAGCAGCCAUGGCGCCGACGACUUUAUGGCUAAGAUACAGAGCGAGACAUGGAGUAGAAGACAAGUCAGAAUCCAGAUCCUUGAAGGACAACUUCCUGUUUAUCCUCGGACGAUAGUUACACAAUGAAAGCACAUGAUGAUGUAUUUGUUUUGGUAGCAAUGUGACUGUUGUCAAAAA